CUUUAAUUUUACUCUUUAAACACUUGAUGCCGUAAGAUUGGUACCGAUUCUUUUUAACGAUAUAUUUUUAAUAUCGCGAAACACUAAUCGGAACUACCUUCUUUUGUUUUCAUUCAUACCAAUGUGUUGUUUUGCCCGCUGAUGUGAAGCUUUCAUCUCUCUUUUUUUCUUUCUUUACUCUCCACUCAUCAUCUGGAUGUAAAAGAAAGAGAGAAAGAAAGGUGAUAGUGUCUCAUCCAAAGAGUAGUGUAGAUUUGAGUAGUCAAAAAUGUGUUGUGUAAAAAGGACGGAUAAUGAUACAAACAAAACCUCUAAAUAAACAGCUUUGUCUCAAUUGUUUAUAUGGUGAUAGAUAUACAAUGGUUUAGAUAUGUCUGGAUCUGAACGUAAAGCUAUCUAUUUUUGGGACCCACAGGUGGGUAAUUUCCACUAUGGUGUUGGUCAUCCCAUGAAACCCCAGCGACUUUCUAUGACCCAUUCAUUGGUGUUCAACUAUAAAUUACACAAGAAGAUGAAAGUAUAUAAACCUUACAAAGCCACAUACCAUGACCUGUGUCGCUUCCAUUCUGAAGAAUAUAUUCAAUUUCUAUCCAGAGUGACUCCCUCCAAUGUCAGUGGUUUCACCAAAUAUCUACCUCAAUUCAACGUGGGAGAUGAUUGUCCUGUAUUUGAAGGGCUAUAUGAGUUCUGUUCAAGGUAUACCGGCGCUUCUUUACAAGGAGCUGUUCAAUUGAACAAUAGCUGUUGUGACAUAGCCAUCAAUUGGUCUGGUGGACUGCACCAUGCUAAAAAAUUUGAGGCCUCAGGAUUUUGUUAUGUUAAUGACAUUGUGAUUGCUAUUUUAGAAUUGCUCAAACGUCACCUCAGAGUGUUGUAUAUUGACAUUGACAUUCAUCAUGGUGAUGGGGUUCAAGAAGCAUUUUAUCUAACUGAUCGUGUGAUGACAGUAUCUUUUCAUAAAUAUGGUAACUAUUUUUUCCCGGGAACUGGUGAUAUGUUUGAAAUAGGAGCUGAAUCUGGUCGUAAUUAUUCAAUCAAUAUUCCACUGAAAGAGGGCAUUGAUGACAAUAAUUAUGCUACUGUUUUUAAACCUGUGAUAGACAAAGUGAUUCAAUGUUAUCAACCAACAGCUAUUGUCCUUCAAUGUGGAGCCGAUUCUCUGGCAGCCGAUCGUCUAGGUUGCUUCAACCUUUCCAUCAAAGGUCACGGAGAAUGUGUCAAAUAUGUUAAGACUUUUAAUUUACCUCUUUUGGUUCUUGGUGGUGGGGGUUAUACCCCACGAAAUGUUGCACGAGCUUGGACAUAUGAGACCAGUAUAUUAGUGGAUGAGGCCAUCUCCAAUGAGAUACCUUUUUCUGAAUAUUUCGAAUACUUUGCUCCUGACUUUUCAUUACUCCUGGAUAAACCUUGUGGUGAUACAACUCAUAACGCAAACAGCAAAAUUUACUUAGAAACAAUUGUAAAAUAUGCUCAUGAGAUAUUGAGGAACGUUGAACAUUCUCCUUCUGUCCAAAUGCAAUUUACUCCAGAUGAUUGGAUGGACCCCAAAGAAGAUUCCGAGAAACGAUUAAUUUGUGAACCUGAAGCUUCAAACGAAUUCCAUGAUAACACAGACAAAGAAAAGAGAGACAGAGAUGUAACGGUUAAAGAGGAGGCUAAUUUCUAAUACUACUAUCUUAAUAAUCAUCACUACCAUUUACUCAUGGAUCUUCACAAGGUACAACAAAUAUUUCAAAUGAAAAUUUGCAAAUUAAUCAUUUUGUAAGAUUUUGGUCCAUUUUCAUUCUAUGUAUGUUUUAAUGACAUAUCUCAGAGGCAACUUAAUUUAAUAUUUAAAUCUCGCAUGUAACCGUUCCUGGAAAUUAUUUCAAAUUCAUGUUUAUCACCCAUCAAUUGAAUAACCGUUUGAUAUAUUACCGAAAUUAUUGUCUGACGAUCGAAAUGUUUUUAAAUAGACAAAAUAACUAGUAAAAUUGAAUCAAAACCAAUCAA